GUAGUUCGCCGGACGGAGACUAUUCUUCCUUUUUACUGGGUUGUUGGUCAGAGCACGUGAAUUUAACAAAUUUGUGCCGCUAUAAGUCGAUUACAUGCCGUCCGCGUCUUCAAUAGAAGCAAAUUCUAUUCAGAAAAAUAUGGAGAAUAACAUGCUACUGUUACAUCAGCCACUUAAUGGUUUUCUGGGGACAUUAGAAAAGAAAAUACGGAAUUUAGAUAAACGCAAGACUAAACUACAAGGCUACCAAAGCAAACUUGACUCUGGUGAAGUCCUAGAACCAGAACAAAAGGAGGCUAUUUCACACUACGGAGAAGUGCUGGGUGUUAUAGAAUUUGCCAAGGAAAUGCACAAGACCUAUACUGAAGUAUUAAAAGAUGUCGCCAAAAUAGAAUCUGACAUUGAAAGAAUAAAUGAUCCAAUGAAAUCGGAACCCACUACGAAGAAAAGAGAAUCAACAGCUUCUGACGAUACAUCAUCGGAAUCUGCUGAUAGUGAACAGGUGAUUAAAUUGAAGACGGACGCUCCCUUGAAUGAAGACGUUAAAUUCGUCCUCAAAAUCCAAGACAUUUUACUUCAAUUGACAAUGGAAGAAACUAGAACAGAUUUAAUAAACGGUGUUAAUGAGGCUCCGCAAUUAUCGAAAAGAGAUGUGGAUGCUUUAGUCCGAAUGUACUCUUUAUUGUCAACAGAAAGACGAAUAGGAAAAAAAUAUAAUGAUAUAAUAUCAUCUGCCUCGUACCACUUAAUAAGAAUAAUCAACAAGAGCCCAGAACAAAUUCCUGGUUUGGACGUGUCGUACUCGUAUAUCUGCAAGCUGCUUGACAAGUUAGCAAAAAGUAAUUACUUUGAUACGUUGAUACCUCCAAUGGCUCCAAUUCAACCUAUUCCACCAAAUCCUGUUGAUACCGAACUACCUGAUACGAAACCGGCCGUAAUUUACGGAAAUGAAUCUAUUUAUAGGUGUCGAGAAAAUGACCCAGUUGAGAUUGUAAAGGCGGUGCAAGAAGGUAGUUUUAGCUUCCUGCAAGAUUCUGUGUUCGAUUCUGAAAAAAGAGCCGACAAGACGGAUGGUUCUAUAAUCAUUCCAACGCAGGGUACCAAUCCACCUAACGACGAAAUGAACUCUGGAGCCACGAAAUCAAUGGACAACAAUGUACGUCAACAAAAUACUUAUAAAGAAGCUAUAGAGCCAUCAUAUAUGUCGACUAUGGAACCCCUGAGUAUAAAUACGGCUCAUUCGGGAUUUAAUGCAGUUUCAAUGCCAAUAAGAUCGGCAUACUCUGGUACUGAUACUCUGGUGAGCACACCAGAUAUACCGCCACCAAUUCCCCUCCCUCCUGGACAAGCCGCACAGAACACUGAAAAUUCAACGACAGCACAGAGAAUUACUGGAAAGCAAUCGCGUUUUCCUUCGGAUAAAUACCGUAAUAUUUCGUCGACCACCUACCCACAACGCUAUCCGAACAAUACACAAGCAUCUGUUGGAAAUGUAGGCUACGGUAUGUCGACUAGCUAUGGAUCUCGUAACGGUGUUUCUCGUUACCGACCUCCCUCGACAAACAAUAGUAAUGCUGUGCUAUCUCAGUAUGGAAAGACGAAUCUUCAACCUCGUCCAACGGCAUCAUCUAGCUUUUUGGGAAGCCGACCAUCGACUGGCCGCUCUAACGCAACUGAAACAUCCGGGAGUGGUCAUAAUCAUCCAAUCAGCGAGGUUUACUUUUGA